AUGGACGAGGUUCACGAGCUUCUCGAGACAUUCGAGCAGUACGACAACGUCCAUCUGCCACGUCUCGUGCAGACCCUCCACGCCACAAUCGAAGGCCGUGACUUUGAUUUGGACAUUGCAAACGCCAUCCUCAGACUGUACCGGUUCUACCCGUCCGACUUUGAUGCUGACACAGCCGCGUCCAUCCUCAUGGGCGCCCUCAUGCAGCUGCCCGAGAACGACUUUACCUUGUGCCUGAGCCUCCUGCACCCGAGCAGCCUGGAGCACGAGAAGGUCAAGCAGGUGCUUCACAUGCACGAGCUCCUGGAGACGUGCGACUUUGUUGAAUUCUGGGCAUACCUGCGUGAGCACGAGGACCUGCUUGACCUGAAGCUCAAGUCGCCUGUGGAGUACGACGACCUGACGGACGAGGAGUACGAGCGGAUGCAGAACGGGGAGGAGGUUGAGCCACGCAUCCUGCACGAGGAGAUGGUCCUCACCUGCCACCUCAGCGACUUCAAGACAAGCAUCCUCGAAUACAUUGCACACAUUGUGACGGCGACGUACCAGACAAUCCCCAAGUCCACAAUUGAGAAGCUCACCGGCGACCUCGACG